AUGAAGUCGCUCCUUCUGUGUCUGCGUCUCGCUCUCGUCAUUCUGUUGGCUGUGAAUUCAGCCACGGCCAGCAUGAUGCAUAGACAUAUGCUGCCACCGGAUGACAUCAGGCCAAAAAAACAACUGUCCAAGGAGAACAUGAUGAAUGAUGGUUUUGAUGGUUUUGACAUCGCUGACAUAGACAUAAUGGAGAGAUUACCAGGGAAGAGAACAGAGGAGGAUAGCAGAAACAGGGUGAAGAGGCGUGCCCAUGGUAACGAGAUGAACCACAUCGUGGGCAAAUCACUGCACGAUGCGACUGACGACUACGGUAAUUCUUCUGACGUAGAGGAUGAAGAAGCAGCAUAUGCUAAUACUGACGAUGACGAUGAAGUAGAAGAGGAGGAGUGA